UGAAAGAAUAUAUAUAAUUUUAAUUUAUGGAAAUAAUAAUCUUUAAAUUAAACUUUCUGCGGAUUGUGCAAUUUCAAGAUUUGAGGGAUAGUAAUGAGUGGGCUAAAUAGAUCUGAACCGUCCAGUAACAUUUUUUCAUAUCUUUUUUUGGUUCCAUGCAUGAACUUAAACAACAACAACAAGACACCUAAGAGAUGGAGAGAGAAUAAUAAGGAGAGUGUGUGUGUUGUGUUGGUAUUGAGAGAGAGAGGAAUAGAUCCAAAAACGCAGCUGACCUUUUGAUUACUUCUCUUUUUAUUUUGCUCCAAAACUCAAAACAAAUCUCUGAGCUUUGAGCUGUGGAGUUUACAAAGUUUGUUCUUUUUAUUUCUCUCCUUAGCUUUAAGGUCGGAUCUUUGUACUAGAGAACAACAACAGCUGUCACAUCCCACAAUCUGAUCGCUAAGAAAGCAUCAACCUUUUCUCUGCUUCUCUCUUGGCUCUGUAGCAUUUGAGUUUUGUCGGUUUGUGCAGAAUUUUUUCAGGAGAUUUGAGGUAAACUCUCAUCAGCAACAAAAAGAAAUUCAAAUUGAAAUGGAGAAGAAGUAUGUGUGCAAGUUCUGUAACAAGAAGUUCACUUCUGGCAAAUCACUUGGAGGUCACAUCAGGAUUCAUUCCAAUGAGUACACAGUUGCUUCUGAUAGUUUCAACGGCAAGAAUCCUAAGAUGAAGAACAACAACAAGAAGAGGUUGGUGGAACAUAAACAACUUUGUUGCGGAGAAUGUGGUAGCAAUCACAUGGAUUGUCACUGUGUGGGAGAGAAGAUGGUGAUGGAUAGCCAAUCUGAUACUGAGACUACUUCCUCAGCUCCUACCAGGAAAAGAUCCAAGAAGCUGAUGAAACAAUCCAAUUCAGAAUCUUUUAGCACGUCUUCUGCUUCUGAGAUUGACCAAGAACACAAGGACACUGCUUUGUCUCUGAUGAUGAUGUCUAUAGAUUCUAAAGGACAUAACUUGGUGGUGAACUCUCUAGCUGAGUCAUCUGAGAACAACUCUGAGAUUCUGGAGACAAAGGCUUCUUCAGGGGAGCAGCUAAACGUGAAGAACCAGGAUUUAAAGACUGACAAAGUUGCAGUUGAUGACCAAUUGAGAUCUACCAAUGAUGCUGAUUCAUAUAGCUCUGAUUCUGAUUACUUCAUGAAUGGCCCAAAGAAGUCAGACUCAGAUAUCUCUGUUGAAGGGUCUCUCAGGAACACUGAACUCAACAGUUUCAAGAAUGGUGAUGAGCUUGGGGUCAAGGAGGGAGGAUCAAAGUAUCAGCUGCGCAAAAGCAAAAGGGUCUUGCCUUCUUCUUAUGAAAGUGAUUCUUGUGCAGACAGAAACAUGAAGAUUCAUAGGUCCGGUGAUUGCAAGAUGCUUAAGAAAGCAAGUGGUGCAAACAAAAGUAGCAAAGCUCACGAGUUCAAGUCAAGUCAAGCUUUAGGUGGUCACAAGAGAUCACAUUCCAUUGAGAGCCAAGAACAGAAGAUCAAACACAAAGCAGCAGCUGAUAUGCGUAUCGAUCUCAAUCUCCCUGUUCAGGAUAUUGAUGUAUGAAUCAUAACCUAAAUCAAAUGUUUUCUUGAUUUUGUUCAUAUAAAGUUUUAAACUUAGCCAAUUCUUUU